AUGGCGAUCGGUUGUGUAGUUCUAAUUACAGGUAUACUUGUGACUACAACGCUAAGCCAGGAGUUGCUGAAAAAUCAUGACCUGGAGGGAACUGCGAACUGGGACUGUUACAGCAUUCAGUGUCAAGCAACAAGUGAUCAUCGUAGUGGGACUCAGGCUGUGAAAGCAACAGGAAGGCACAAUUUUUAUGAAGGACCAUCUCAGAAUGUUUGGGUGAAAGAGCACCACACUUACACAUUUGAAGGAUGGGCCAAGCUGCUGACCGAUAACGGCAAAGGCCAAAGCUUAGAGUUAGAGGUGGAAUACAGUCUGAAAAAUGGGCAGAAGAGCUAUGUGAACGUGGCUCAUCACUACAACAUGCGUGUUAACUCUGGAUGGGUGCAUCUGAUUGGGUCAUUCAUCACACCCGGAAGCCUUGACCACAUCCGGGUGUAUUUCCAAGGGCCUGAGCCAGGUGUUGAGUUUAUAGCUGACGGGGCCUCGCUCACUGACCAGUCCUCGGGUCAUCAAUCAUCGGGAAACUGGAAGGCUCAGACCAGUGAGCGCAUUGAUCGGCUCAGAAAGAGCAACAUUCAUUUCAAAGUAACCACUGACCACGGUGUCAAUCCCAACUCGGUUACGAUUGAGACGGUGAUGUACAAGCAUGCCUUCCCAUUCGGCACGGCGGUUGUAGCUUCCAUCAUGAACAAUAACAAUGGCGGCUCCGACCAGAAAUACCGACAGUUUAUAUACGACCACUUCAACUGGGCCGUGGUAGAGAACGCAUUGAAAUGGAGGCAGUUAGAAUAUUCUGAGGGCCACCCAACCUACGACACAGCUGUAAAUGCUAUAAAGACUAUGAGAAACCAUGGGAUAAAAGUAAGAGGUCAUAACCUUAUAUGGGCCGUGGAACAGUUCGUCCCUGGUUGGUUGAAAUCCAAAUCACCCUCUGACGUCAGACGCAUUGUCGAUCACCAUCUCCAUGAAAUAGUAGGCCGUUUGAAGGGAUUAGUUGAACACUGGGACGUGAACAACGAGAUGCUACACGGUAACUGGUACGCUACCAAACUCAACGAUCCCGACUACACUAAGGGAGUUUUCCAAACCGUUCACAGCAUCGAUCCAAACGUGAAGCUCUUCUUGAACGACUACAACGUGGUAGCCAACGGCCAGUCUACCGAUAAUUAUCUGGCACAGGCGAAGGAUUACAAAUCUUCGGGUACUCAUGUCGGGGGUAUCGGUGUCCAGUGUCAUUUCGGGGAGAACCAGUAUCCAGAUUUCUAUUCCAUUAAUUCGCGUCUGGAUAAACUUGCGCACGCGGGUUUGCCAAUCUGGGUCACCGAGCUGGAUGUCCAGUCAAAUGACGUGAACAAACGAGCUGACUUUUAUGACGCGGCACUCCGUACCUUCUUCUCUCACUCAGCUGUUGGGGGCAUCAUGUUCUGGGGGUUUUGGAGCGAGCAUCACUGGAGGGGAGAGUCAGCCGCACUGGUGUCAGGUCCAGAAUUUAAGAUGAAUGCCGCAGGUCAAAAAUUUCUUGACCUGAUCCAUACAGAAUGGAAAACCUAUAACAGCCACAUCCUCUCCAAGGGUUCGGCAUUUACCGUGCGAGGAUUCCGCGGUGACUACGUUGUGCGCGUGAAGGUUAAUGGGGACACACCGUCCACACACAGUACUUCUCACUCGGCAAAAGUGACCACAAUGUUAAUCUUCAUGUUAAUGCUCAAGGUUGAUAUUAAAGCCUUUAGAGAUAAUAAACUUACAACUGAACAUUGA